GGGCCGGGCGGAGGCGGGUGCAGGGCGGAGCCGCCCGGCCGGGGCAGGGACGGCGGGGCCGGCACGGCUCGGUACGGCUCGGCUGGGCUCUGUAGGGCUCGGCACGGCUCGGCAGGGCAGGCACCGCUGCCGGCAGAGCGGAGCAGAGCGGCGCGGCCAUGGGGAAGGUGCAGCUCUUCGAGAUCCGCCUGGGCGAGAGCCGCGUCAUCUACAGCCCCGGCGAGCCGCUGGUCGGCACCGUCACCGUGCGGCUCUCGGGCUCGCUGCAGUACCGAGCCAUCAAGGUGAGCUGCGUUGGAUUCUGCGGGGUGUCCAACAAGAUCAACGACACCGCCUGGACCGUGGAGGAGCAGUACUUCAACACCACGCUGUCUCUGGCAGACAAAGGAGUCCUUUCAGCUGGGGAGCACAACUUUCCCUUCCAGUUCCUGCUGCCAGCCUCUGCUCCUACAUCGUUUGAAGGCCCUUUUGGCAAGGUCCUCCAUCAGGUGAAAGCUGUGAUAGACACACCGCGCUUCUCCAAGGACUACAAGUGCAACAAGAUCUUCUAUGUCCUCUGCCCUCUCAACUUGAAUGACAUCCCUGAUAUUGAGCAGCCCAACACGAUGUCAGUCACCAAGAAGUUCAGCUACAAGCUUGUGAAAAGUGGCAACGUUAUCCUGACCGCCACCUCCGAUCUGAAAGGGUACAUUGUGGGGCAGGUGAUCCAGCUCCGCACAGACAUCGAGAACAAAUCGGGCCGGGACACCGGGGCUGUGGUGGCCAGCCUGCUCCAGAAAGUGGCUUACAAAUCCAAGCGCUGGAUUUACGACCUGAGGACCAUCGCGGAGGUGGAAGGCUCAGGAGUGAAAGCCUGGAAACACGCAGAAUGGAAGGAGCAGAUCCUCGUCCCAGCACUGCCCCAGUCCAUUUUGCAGGGCUGUAGCCUCAUACACAUCGACUACUACAUCCAGGUUUCCCUCAAGUCACCAGAGGUUUCAGUCACCCUUCCCAUCUAUAUCGGUAACAUCGCAGUGAACAGGGUCCCUCUGAGCCCCUCCCGAUCCGUGCAGCACCUACCAUCCGCAGUGGUCCCCAGCGCCCCCCCGGAGGAGGAGGAGGCUGCCAGCGGCUAUCACCCCAUGGACAAUGUCUUGAUCCCCACCAAAAGCCAUUCCCAGCAGCAGCCGUUCAGCUACGCCCCAGGACUGAGCUUCCAGGAAGCGGACUCUGAGCAGACGGGCUCCCCGAACCACCCCACGCUCUGCCUCUCGACGGGAGCCACCGUCCCUUACUACGCCGAGGGAAACGUGGUGCCUGUGCCCACUGCCAGCUCUCUCAUUUUGCCUCCAGAGUACAGCACGUGGGGCUACCCGUACGAGGCGCCUCCAUCCUACGAGCAGAGCUGCAGCAGUGCCAACUCCAGCAUCAGCAACGGCAACUAGCCUCCCCUGCUUCGCGUCCCGCUGGCGCGAUGGUUCACCGGCCUACUGCAAAGUCUGGUACAGCACAAGGCGUCUUUUUUAUCUCUGUGGCUGCUUGGCAGGGUAAAUGGCACAUCCCAGCCUGGGCUUUUUGAGUCACUUUCUUGGGAGGGGAAAAAACAAACAAAAGGGCAGCCAGAGCAGCCCGUGUGUGUGUGUGUGCUUGUGUAGGAGAGGUCUGAACCGUCUCCUGCUGCGUCAGGUGCUGGAGAAGUGCUUUUGCCCCAGGGAUGCCCUCUGCAGCAGCCUGUGUUUCAAGUACUGUAGUCAACACUAACUGCUUUACUAUCAAAGCACCUGCGAUGCCUUAUCUGAAAUGCUCCUGACUUGGCAUGUCUCCACUGUAGGUUGCAGGCAGGGCUGUGUGAACUUUCUUUCGUGGGCCACGUGCUCUCCGGAAAUGCUUUAGGCAGCCCUCCCUCCCUGUCCUCGUGGGUCUCAAGUGUAGCUGAAACAGGUUUCUUGGAGUAAGCAGGUUUGGAAGGCCAGGGACUGUUACAGAGCCAGAAGCACAAGCCCUCGCUGUACCAGUGUGGUGGGGUGAGUGACCGGCAGCCUUUGGUCCCCUGGCGGUGGGGCUGGACCGCUGCCUGCUAGCAGUGAGUGGAGAACAGCCCCUGGCAGCGGGGAGCCUUUUCAGCAAGGGUAAUUUCUCAGAAGCCCUGCAGGAGACAGACCGUCCUUGCUUGCUGCGAGGAUGACCAGUACCAGUCAGGUCCCACGUCCCAUCUCCUGCUCCUGCAGGAUUCCCUCUCCAUCCCUGCUGCUGCUGCCUUAGGCAGGCCAGAAUUACACGACAAUCAAGUUACAGAAGUCUGUCUGAUGCUACCUCUGCGUCUGCCCGAGGACCCCAUCCGUGGAAGCCCUGCCUUCUGGGAUCAGCCUCCCUCAAGGCUCAGCCUGCAGCCUCUCUGUCCGUGGUGCCACACCGCUGCACGUGGCCUGGGGACGGCGCUCUCUGCGGGCUGGUACUGGUUUGCUGCUCGCCUCCUGAGCCACCUUGAGCCACAGCAGGAUGCAAAAACGAGUGAGUGGGAACACCGACUGCUACGCUUCAUUUGCAGCCUCUGCUGGACCUGGCAGGUCAGGGGAAGAAGCUGGUGUACUGAAAACAACAUUUUUUCUUUUGUGCUUUUUUUUUUUUUUCCCCGUUGUUGUCUAGCUUUUUAGUAUUGACUGCCCAAGCUGAGGAAACCACAAACCAGAUACUCAGCUCAGAGCUGUAGGCAUCCAGCCAAGGCUGAAAUUGCAGACUGCACCUUUGGCACCUCUGAGAAUUGGUCCCCACGCUUCCUCGUGCUGGGCAGGCAAUAUCUAACAAACCCGCUGUGAGAGCCACAGCCUCUGCCUCCUCACAGCCCUGGCAGGCAGCUGGGGACAAGCCCUGCUUUGCACUCUUCCUUUGCAAAUGCUUUUUAUUUCGUUUUAUUUUAUUUUAAAAGUGUUGAACUGCUUUAAGGAUAGUGUAGAGAAGGUGCCGUUCUGAGCAGUGCUGGCACAACAUGCACCAAUGUUGAAAGAAUGAUUGUCAUUGUCCCUAAAUAUAUAUAUAUAUGAGAUAAAGUUUUGUUUUUAAUGAUUGAAUUCAUAAACACAAAUUUUAAUGCUGUAUUUAAUAAAUUAUUCGAAGAGAA